AUGGUAGUAUUACGUUCAAUGCCAGGUCGUACAACAUGGACAAAACGUUUAUCAAAAACGAUUCAACGUCGAAGUGGCUCAUUUCUAAAUACAUUAGUGCCGUUUCGUAAAACUAUCGAUCAGAAUCAUUCGAACGCAAACGAUGAUAAAUCAUUGUUGUCGUCAACAACGCUUCAUAAACGACGUGCAAGCGCUUCACCCGCUGUUUCCUUUCAAACUUCCACCAAAGGUGCAUCACUUCUUAUAAACGAUAAAUUAAGUACGAUUAGUGUGGCUACUGCUACUGCAGUUACUGCUGCUGUAGUUGCUCUUAUUUCAACUGGUAAGUUUCUAAUUAAUUUCAUUAUUUAUGAAUGA